AGAAUGCAAUAUUCUGCACAGUUUGCAUGGACAAUAUACUACGCAUGCAACUUAGAUCGCCAGCAAGUUCAAGAUGCAUUUUUUAUAUAACCUAUUCACAAGACGUUAGGGAUAUUGCAGUGAUAGAGUUAGCUGGCUGUGGAUCUUAACUGAUUUGAGCCGGAAAUUAUUGUUGCAUGCUCUGCAGCGGGUGGACAGGGAAUUGGGUGUCAAGAGGUUUUUUCUUCACCGCACGUUUUUAUUUUUGCUGCAUUUCACUUUUUAAAACCAUGGCAACUGAAUGCGAGGCAUGGCUUAAUGCUAACCCAGUAGAGGCGGACGACCUGAGCGACUCUUUUCUCUCCGGCGAUGAGGAGAGAGGGGUCGUCCGGAAGGUUGACAACGAGAUCAACGGGAACUGGAUCGCCGCUCCCACGUCGUCCAUUCAUGAGGCCAGGGUGAAGGCCAAGGCCAAGAGGAGGCUGAGGAAGAACUCCUCCAGGGACUCUGGCCGGGGGGACUCGUUGAGCGACAAUGGGGACAGCACCCGUGGCCCUCUUGUACCUCCCACCAGCCCCAAGGGCAAACUGCUGGACAGAAGGUCUCGAAUGGGCAAAGGGAGGGGCUUGCCAAAGAAAGGUGGAGCGGGGGGUAAAGGUGUCUGGGGACCACCAGGAGAGGUCUACGACCUUGAGGAGGUGGACGUCAAAGACCCAAAUUAUGAUGAAGACCAGGAAAAUUGUGUGUAUGAGACCGUGGUGUUGCCUCUGGAUGAGAAAGACUUUGAGAAGACGGUAACACCAAUCGUGCAGGAGUAUUUCGAGCACGGGGACACCAGUGAAGUGGCGGAGCUGCUGGCGGAGCUGAACCUGGGCCACAUGAGGAGCGGGGUGCCCAUGCUGGCCGUGUCCCUGGCCCUGGAGGCCAAGGCCAGCCACAGGGAGCUGACGUCCCGGCUGCUGUCGGACCUGUGCGGGCGGGUGCUCUCCCUCCGGGACGUGGAGACCGCCUUCCACAAGCUGCUGCGCGAGCUCCCGGACCUGGUGCUGGACACCCCGGGGGCGCCGCAGCUUGUUGGCCAGUUCAUUGCUCGAGCGGUCAGGGAUGAAAUCCUGUCCAAAAGUUACAUUGAGAGCUACAAAGGGAAAGUGGACUGUGAGCAUGCAAGGGCAGCGCUGGACAGGGCGACCGUGUUGCUGAAGAUGAGCAGGGGGGGACUCCGCAUAGACAACCUGUGGGGAUCGGGCGGGGGCCAGAGACCUGUCACCCAGCUCAUCAAAGAGGUUAAUCUGCUUCUGAAAGAGUAUCUUCUAUCUGGAGAUGUGGUGGAGGCAGAGAGAUGUUUGAGAGAGCUGGAGGUUCCGCACUUCCACCAUGAGUUUGUCUAUGAGGCAAUAGUCAUGGUCUUAGAGUCUAAAGGGGACAAAAUAUUCAAAAUGGUUCUGCAGUUGCUGAAGUUUCUGUGGGAGUCCUCUGUGAUCACUGUGGACCAAAUGAGAAGGGGGUAUCAAAGAGUUUACAUGGAAAUAGCAGAAAUCAACAUUGAUGUACCCUGUGCGUAUGCUGUAUUGGAGCAGUUUGUGGAGAAGAGUUUCAGCGCUGGUAUUAUAGACAAAAGAAUGAGGGACCUCUGUCCUUCUCGAGGUCGCAAGAGAUUUGUGAGCGAAGGGGAUGGCGGUCGUCUUAAACUGGAGAGCUACUGAGCAGAAACUCUGGGAACCAUGUGCCAGUAGUAUUCAGAAAACUGGAGCUCAUUUGUACAAUUCAGAUAUCUGUCAUAACGGUUUGGGUACCAAACACUCCUUUCAUUGAUAAAGAAUGUACAUUUUUGGGGAA